GCCUCCCACUGAGCAGGGAGCCCGAUGUGGGGCUCCAUCCCAGGACCUGGGACUGUGACCCAAGCCAAAGGCAGAAGCCUCUGAACAAUAGUGAAUUGGUGGGUAAAGUAUUGCAGGCUCCAGGCCUCUGAGAUGAGACCUGAGUGGUUGGAAGCAGAGCCCCAGGAGGUCCAGAGGGAGAAAGCUAGAGAGGUGCCUAAAUGGAAGGUGAAGGGAAGAGCCCCUUAGCUUGUUAAGACUAUGACCUUAAGUACCCUCUGCCCUCCAGAAUCUUCCAGUUGACAGGUUAUACAUUUGAAAAGAAGUAGCCAUUGGAUGUCUGGCAAGGACAAGACAGGGGGCAGACGUUUGAAGUCCAGAACCAAAUUAUAACUACAGAGAGCUGUCCCUGAUUCUGGGGGAAGCUCUCAGCAGAAGGCUGCAAAGUUACCAGAGAAAAUGGUCCACUGGUACCCACCCCUUCCAGUUCUGGUUACUACUGCCAAAGAGAGUUGAAAGUGGGGGAGGCUUUGGGAGGACCACAGAGAAGAAAAUUUCUGGUUGUACGCCCAAAGGGAUUGGCUAACCCUGGGUGGAAACUGGAACCCAUACUUCCUGAAGGAGAGCAGAGGACAAUGGCCUGCCAGGAUAGGCUUUGGGAGAGUAAAGAUCCAAUUCAAGUAUCAGAGGAGGGUGGUUUGGUGCCAAGCUUAGGCUUGGAAGUAGAAGGAUGCUUAUCCAGGCAGCUAAGGACUGAAAAGCUACUAGGAUUUCUUAGACAGGUGCCUGCCUAGUUUCCAGGAUGGAACACACUUCAGUCGUGAAAUGGACCAGCGGUCACCAGCUAGAGCCCCCGCCCCGGUGGGAGGGGGCGGGACGGUCCUGGGAGAAGGGCGGGGGGCGGGGCCAGGGGCCACUUAAGGCGGAGUCGGGUUCUGGCAGCGCAGGAGCCGGGCAGCAGAGCCAGGCUGGGCUGGCACUCACCCACGACCCCCCUUCCCUGCUAUGAUGGCCCGUCAGUAGCAGGUUCCAGACCCCCCGGGAGCAUGUAGGCUGAGCUAUCGGUAGCCAGGUGCGCAGAGCCACAAGAGCUCCAGGGCACUCUGGGGGCAGCUCUGCCUGCUGCACUCUCUGGUGCCUGGGGAAAUGCCCAACUGACGGGCGAGCUGGUGAGGACAAGAACGUACCCUUUGGCCCGAGUCCUCUGCAUCCAUGGCGCUGCCAGCCAGGCUGGUGCCCCUGUGCUGCUUGGCACUUUUGGCGCUGCCCGCCCAGAGCUGCGGGCCGGGCCGGGGGCCGGUUGGCCGGCGCCGCUACGUGCGCAAGCAGCUGGUGCCGUUGCUCUACAAGCAAUUUGUGCCCAGCGUGCCGGAGCGGACCCUGGGCGCCAGUGGGCCUGCCGAGGGGAGAGUGGCAAGGGGCUCUGAGCGCUUCCGGGAUCUGGUCCCCAACUACAACCCCGACAUCAUCUUCAAGGAUGAGGAGAAUAGUGGUGCAGACCGCCUGAUGACCGAGCGCUGUAAGGAGCGGGUGAACGCGCUGGCCAUUGCCGUGAUGAAUAUGUGGCCCGGAGUGCGCCUGCGGGUGACCGAGGGCUGGGACGAGGACGGCCACCAUGCUCAGGACUCUCUCCACUACGAAGGUCGUGCCUUGGACAUCACCACGUCUGACCGCGACCGCAAUAAGUAUGGGUUGCUGGCGCGCCUGGCAGUGGAAGCCGGCUUCGACUGGGUCUACUACGAAUCCCGCAACCACGUCCACGUGUCGGUCAAAGCCGAUAACUCCCUGGCCGUCAGGGCAGGCGGCUGCUUUCCGGGAAAUGCCACCGUGCGCCUGCGGAGCGGCGAGCGGAAGGGGCUUCGAGAACUGCACCGCGGUGACUGGGUGUUGGCGGCAGACGCGGCAGGCCGGGUGGUGCCCACGCCCGUUCUGCUCUUCCUGGACCGGGACUUGCAGCGCCGUGCCUCCUUCGUGGCUGUGGAGACCGAGCGGCCCCCGCGCAAGCUGUUGCUCACGCCCUGGCACCUGGUGUUCGCUGCUCGAGGGCCCGCGCCCGCGCCGGGCGACUUUGCGCCGGUGUUCGCGCGCCGGCUGCGCGCGGGGGACUCGGUGCUGGCGCCCGGCGGGGACGCGCUUCGGCCGGCGCGCGUGGCCCGCGUGGCGCGCGAGGAAGCCGUGGGCGUGUUCGCGCCACUCACAGCACACGGGACGCUGCUGGUCAACGACGUCCUGGCCUCGUGCUACGCGGUUCUAGAGAGUCACCAGUGGGCACACCGCGCCUUCGCUCCUUUGCGCCUGCUGCACGCGCUGGGGGCGCUGCUUCCGGGCGGGGCAGUCCAGCCCACCGGCAUGCACUGGUACUCUCGGUUCCUCUAUCGCUUGGCGGAGGAGCUACUGGGCUGAAUGCGUCCGACGUAGAAACCUCGAGGCGCCUGCGGAAACCCGGCCGUGUGGGCUGAGAUCUGGGGGUGUGGGCAGCAGAGGAUGCUGACUCGGGAAGGCAGGGAGGAGGGGAUAGGGAGAAAAAUGGACGCGAGACCGGACUGCUUGGUUUAGGGGCAACCUCCAUCGGAGCGGAGAGGAGAUCCCCGGUCAUAGGUAGUUGGGGUCGAUGGUGGAUAUUCCUUGAAGAGGACUGUUUCACCUCUUCUUCCCGACUGCCUCAGCCCCAACCAAUUAUUUUAUUUUAUUUUCUAUUUAUAAAUUGUAAUAUAAUGAUCUGCUUGCCCCGCCUGGCAAGGUGAGGGUCCAGGGCACGGCGUUAACACUGUUUGACACAGCCAGCCAAUCUGAUGUCUGACAUUUUCCUACAGGUGGCCUAAUAAAGGGAAGGCUUGCAGGAGCUUAUUGGAAAAUAUCUCUGUUCAGAGGGGGAUUCACCUAGAGAGGAGGGGAGAAGGGGACCAACUCUGAGUCAAUACCUUACUUCCCGACUCCUCCCUCCUUGCCCAGCAGGUCUUCCUGCCUGCUUCCUCCCAUCGGAGGGGGCGUCCCAAUUGAUCAGCAAAGAGAGCAGAGAGUCGUGUGCUUUUCUAGGCUGCUGGUCCCUUCUCCCACCCAGAGAGGACCAGCAUUCUGUUUGCAUGCUUGCAUACCGAAUGUUGGAGGGGCCAGGGGUGUUGAAGGAGCAAGAGGGUCUGCACAUGUCCUUUCUCAUUUACAGAGGCUCCAGCGAGGUCACAGGCUAUUGCAUUACUGAUACUCAGAGAAUUCUGGCCCAUGAUUGGUAGCCUGCAGUCUUGGUCCCUCCCUGAAGACCCUGGAUCAGGUGCCAGGGUCUGAAUGGGGGUGAUGUUUUAUUCUGGGAUGUCACUGGACCAACUGGUGAUCCAUGGGAAUCCCCAGUUAAUUUAUAACUGAUAGUCCCCACACACUCUUGGUCAAGAGAAAGAAUGGGAUCAGGGGGCUGGAAUCUAUCUCUCCUGAAUGGCUGGGGGCAGAGAACAGCUUCAAGCCCUGGUGUGUGUGUUUAGGGGAAGAUAGGGAGGCUCUCCAAGCAAGGAGCAUAUAGGCAUU